AUGACACACGAACAAGUUAGAAUUUUCCUUUUGUGUGCAUGUCUCAUGUGUGCAGCAUGCUUAGGGCUCUAUCGAGAGGAAUUUUACUUCAAAACCACCAAAGAGGUAACGGGCGAACGUUUAUAUAUGAAUAAAAUCAUACAGAAAGAAAGACGCUCCGUCAUAGAAUGUGUCAUACUUUGUGAAGAGACAGAGGACUGCCUUUCAGUAUUUGGUUGUAAAUUUGAAGGAGAAACUACAUGCACACUUUUCAACCAAUCAUACGUAUAUGGCACGGAAACCAAUUCGUCAACAUGUAAACAUUACACAAAGCAUCGAGACAUGGACAUUGAAGAAACAAGCAGCAACAUAGACAAUACAUCUGUUACAUUUGCAACUGACUUAACAACAACAAAUACUUCAUGUGAAAAUCAAGUCAGUCCAUUUAUGAUGAACAAGGGAAACGCAAGUUUUGGUACGGAUAUGUUAUCAAUCUUGGAAUAUCUUUGUUAUGUUUUUGACACAGUUUUACCAAAACAAAAAUAA